CCAACGGCCAUCGACUGAGUAAAAAAAAAAACCCUCGCAUGGAGCAAAACCUGCUUUGAUUCAGUCCAUAACCAGACAUGAAACAUGAAAUCAUCUUCGUGGUUCCGCAGAGCAAUCGCCAGCCGUUUCAAAUCCCCCAAUUCCCAAAUUCACUUCACUUCCUGGUCAUCUUUGCCAUCGCACAAUCUCGAGCUCGAAUCAAUCAAAACCAUUUCGGAGAACCCCUUUUUUCGUCUCCUGAAUAUCUGCAGAACCCUAUCUUCCCUCCGAAACAUCCACGCCCUUCUGAUCGUCACCGGCGAGGCCAACGAUCCAUUACUGAAGAACAAAUUGGUCGGAUUGUAUGGUCAAUUCGGCCAAUCGAGGAAUGCCCGCAACGUGUUCGACGAAAUGCCUGACCCAGAUUUUGAAGCUUUUAAAGUGAUGAUAAGAUGGUAUUUUUUGAACGAUUUAUACUCUGAGGUUAUUGAAUUUCAUAGGCUUAUGAGGAGGAGGUUUUUAAUUUCCGACAAUGUCGUGUUUUCGAUCGUGUUGAAGGCUUGCGCCGAAUCGACGAAUUUUAGCGAAGGGAGGAUGGUUCAUUGUAAUGUAGUUCAUGUCGGGAGCUUCGAUAGCUUUGUGUUGUCGGGGCUCGUAGAUAUGUACGCAAAAUGUGGAGAAAUCGACGCCGCGAGGAAGGUUUUCGAAAUGAUCGGGGAAAGGAACGUCGUUUGUUGGACUUCGAUGAUUGUUGGAUACGUCGAGAACGGCUGCGCCGAAGAAGGGCUACUGCUGUUUAAUCGAAUGCGCGAUUGCAUGGUCGACGGGAAUAGUCGAACAUUAGCGAGUUUAGCAACGGCGUGCGCCAAAUUACGGGCUUUGCAUCAGGGGAAAUGGGUUCAUGGAAAUGUGAUCAAGAAUGGGAUAAAGGUUGUACCUUUCUUGUCGAAUUCGCUUGUCAAUAUGUACAUUAAAUGUGGAUCCAUCCGCGACGCUCGUUUGGCGUUCGAUGAGUUUGGCGCCGUUGAUCUUGUUUCGUGGACGGCUAUGAUUAAAGGGUACGCUGAAAAUGGAUUUGCGGAGGACGCGUUGGAGUUGUUUCUCGACGAAAAAUGGGUGGAUGUUUAUCCGAAUGAAGUUACGUUGGCAAGCGUGGUGUCGUCUUGCGCUCAAUUGCGGAAACCGAUUGUGGGUUCGUCGGGUUUUAGCCUCGCGAUUAAAUUAGGACAAGAUGGCGCUAUCGUGAAGAACGCUCUCGUCAAGAUGUACGGGAAGUGCGGUAGGAUCGACGACGCAGAAUCUCUAUUUGAAUCGAUAUUUGAUAAGGAUGUCGUGUCGUGGAACUUGAUGAUCGGAUGCUAUUCGGAAAACGGGUACGGCUACAAAGCUCUAAAAUUGUCGAAAACCAUGAGAUCGAGCUUUGUUAAGCCUAAUGCUGCGACCGUCGUGGCGCUUUUGUUGGCUUGUGGUUCGACUCGGAAUAUAGGGUUCGGCGCCGCGCUCCACGCUUACUCGAUUCGAGAAGGAUUUUUAGCUUUCGACAGCGACUUCGUCGGGACGGCGCUUCUAUCGUUCUACGCCGAAUUCCAGGAUGCAAAAUCCGCGCGCGAUGUUUUCGUCGAUAUGAUGCGGAGUGCGAUGAUCGGGGGGUACGAGGAUGGCGAGCGGGGGGUCUCGACCGAGUGCGUCGCCCUUUUCGACGACUUGGGGAAGGAGAACGUGGAACCCGCCGAUAUUGUUUUUGUUGCGAUAUUAUCGACGUGUAGCGACACCGGGAUGAUCCGAGAAGGUUGGAGGUUUUUCAAGAGUGUUUGUCGGGGCUACAAAUUCGUUCCCUCGAUGAGACAUUACGGUUGCGUGGUCGAUCUUUUGGCUCGAUCGGGAUGUCUCGAGGAAGCGUUGGAGUUCUUCGAGACAAUGCCGGUUAAGCCUGAUAGCGCCGUGCUCAGAGCUUUUAUUCAUCAGUGUAGCGUCCGCUCUCGAAUGGAUUUGCGGGAUUUAGCUGUUAGAAAGAUGAAGGAACUACACCCUGACGAUGCUCGACAAUACGAGUCGACGUUGAAUUUCGAUUCGUCUCGAGGAAGACGGAGUCGGGCGAGCGAUUUAGUUGAAAAAAAUGAUUUGAAGGAACAGACUAGAACCAGCUGGUCGAUAAAUCAUUCAAUGACUACUCGUGAAGGGCGCCGUGAUCUAAUUAAUGUACAAUUUUAAGAAAAAAGAGAUUUUGAGCAAUUGUUUUAGAUUCACGAAAUCGCAGAGAUUUUAGUUCAAUUUGGCCUUGGGACGGGACAUGACGAGCGUAUUUGCGUCUCUUUGUCCCGUCCCAAA